GAGGGAAGCAGAGAAAAAAGGGGAACAUUUAAGGCAGCUCCAGUCUUUCUUCUUUAACCCCACCCACAGACGCAUUUCUCAACGCCGCGCUCGUCUACCUGGGAGAUGAGAGAUAAAUCUGUGCGUUAAAGGACUAAAACGACAUCAAAGCAGCAAUUCACAAAGCAGCAAAAUCACUGGAAAUAUGUGUUCUCACGUGUCGUCUAACUAGUUAUGGACUAAUGCUUCUUUUGGUUUGAAGAUAAACUACUACCUACUAAGACAAAAGAAGAAUUCCAGAGAAGACUUAUUUGACUCUCAGCCAAGAACAUGGACUGGAAGACCUUCCAAGCCCUCCUCAGUGGGGUGAACAAAUACUCGACGGCGUUCGGGCGAGUGUGGCUGUCUGUGGUGUUUGUGUUCAGGGUGAUGGUGUACGUGGUGGCAGCGGAGCGAGUGUGGGGCGACGAGCAGAAGGACUUUGACUGCAACACCAAGCAGCCCGGCUGCGCCAACGUCUGCUACGACCACUUCUUCCCCAUCUCCCACAUCCGCUUGUGGGCCCUGCAGCUCAUCUUCGUCACAUGCCCCUCCUUCAUGGUGGUCAUGCAUGUGGCGUACCGUGAUGACCGUGAGCGCAAGUACAGGGCCAAGCACGGUGAAGAAGCCAAGCUGUACAACAACACGGGCAAGAAACAUGGCGGCUUGUGGUGGACCUACCUGAUCAGCCUUUUCGUCAAGACGGGCAUUGAGGUCUCCUUCCUCUACAUCCUUCACCGAGUGUACGACAGUUUCUACCUGCCCAGGCUGGUCAAGUGUGAGGUGUCGCCUUGCCCCAACCAGGUGGACUGCUACAUUGGACACCCCACCGAAAAGAAGGUCUUCACCUACUUCAUGGUGGGAGCUUCGGCCCUCUGCAUCGUCCUGAACAUCUGCGAGAUCAUUUAUCUUAUCUCCAAGCGCAUUGCAAGAUGUGCAAACAAGGUCAAGAGGCGCAAUCGCAACAUGGCCGUGCAUCACGAUGACUUCAACGACGACCCCUUCAACAACUGCAACCAGCCAAUGACCAGGGUGGACCUAAAGGAAAAGCCUCCAUCCUUCAAGAGUGCAUACAGGUCUUCGUACAAACCUUCCGCACUCAAACUCGAAGAGAAGAUUCGGGCCUCUGCUCCUAACCUGUCUUUGUGAUUGAAGCUGAAAUCAGGCCAAAGAUCAAAGGCUCAACAACUGUUUGGGCCAGAACCCAAUGACAAACCUCAAAAACAGACUCAGAGCUAUGAGCCAAACUACAGUAUGUGUCAGACCUGGAAGCUGAGUCAUCAGUACUGGAUUCAUCCUGUGUCCACAUCUAGACUCUUUUGGAGCACACAAACUUUGGUUUCCAAGUCAACAGGGGACAAUAUUUACAGGUUGGUUAGAGCCAAAUUGAUUUGUUAAUGAUAUGUGAGUUUCCUUUGAAUACAAUAAAGGUCUGUGGGCCUUCUCAGCUUCACCAUUUCACCAUAAUCAUAACAUUCCAGUAUCACUCUGCCGUUCUUCGUAUUGGAGUGUUGAUACGGGAGGGGAAGGAAAUAACCCACCCAGCUGCACGAAAGGAAGCAGGCAGGACACACCUGGUGGAGGUAUUCACCCUCCCUGCCAGUGUGUACAGUGGUGUGUCAGGGUGCUCUGUGUGCUGAGUGUUACUUAAUUUAAACUCAAAUCAUAGCUUUAUAUCACAGUUGAUGUGAUGUCCUGAUGAGGUCAAGUUUUUAAGAAUGGUUGACAGUUGCAUUGGGGAGUGUGAAUGCUCCCAGAGUCAUAAUGAUGGCUGAGUAUUACUUGAAGGUUUGCAAACUGGCCCAAAAUAUUUUUUGUUGUUGCAUUUAUUCUCUUGAAUAUAAUUCAUUACAGCAACAAAA